CGCGCGGGUGGGAGGUGUGCGCGCUGGUACCGUGCUGUCCGCUCGCUGUCAUCCAGCUCCCGCUGCCGCCCGAUGGCGCGAGGGGGCGCGCGGGCCCAGCCCCAGGGAGCCACCCCCGGCCGCGGGUGACCCUCCUCCUGCGCCCGCGAGCAUGUCACCUCCAGCCACCGCGGCCCCCUCCGUUUGCAGCGCCCGCGCCUCCCGCCGCCGCCUGGGGCACUGGCCCCCAGACCCUCGCCCCUGAUCCACGCCCAGAGCCUGGCGCCAGAGGGCCAUGGCCGGCCAGGGGGACUGCUGUGUCAAGGUGGCCGUCAGGAUCCGGCCACAGCUGUCAAAGGAGAAGAUUGAGGGCUGUCACAUCUGUACGUCUGUCACGCCGGGGGAGCCCCAGGUGCUUCUGGGGAAGGACAAGGCGUUCACCUACGACUUUGUCUUCGACCUGGACACCUGGCAGGAGCAGAUCUACACGAGCUGUGUGAGCAGGCUCAUCGAGGGCUGCUUCCAGGGCUACAAUGCCACCGUGCUGGCCUAUGGGCAGACGGGGGCCGGGAAGACGUACACCAUGGGCACCGGCUUCGACACGGCGAUGGCUGAGGAGGAGCAGGGCAUCAUCCCGAGGGCCAUCGCCCACCUCUUCGGGGGCAUCGCCGAGCGCAAGCGGCAGGCGCAAGAGCAGGGAGUGCCUGGGCCUGAGUUCAAAGUCAGCGCGCAGUUCCUGGAGCUGUACAACGAGGAGAUCCUGGACCUGUUUGACAGCACCCGUGACCCCGACGCCCGCCACCGCAGGUCCAACAUUAAGAUCCACGAGGAUGCCAAUGGUGGCAUCUAUACCACAGGCGUCACGUCCCGCCUCAUCAGCUCCCAGGAGGAGCUGGUGCAGUGCCUGAGGCAGGGGGCCCUGUCGCGCACCACGGCCAGCACACAGAUGAAUGUGCAGAGCUCCCGCUCCCACGCCAUCUUCACCAUUCACCUGUGCCAGAUGCGCCUGUGCACCCAGCCCGAGUUGGUGAAUGAGGCGGUGCCGGGACUUCCUGAGGGCACGGCUCCCACGCGGGAGUAUGAGACGCUCACGGCCAAGUUUCACUUUGUGGACCUGGCCGGCUCCGAGCGGCUGAAGCGGACGGGGGCCACCGGCGAGCGGGCCAAGGAGGGCAUCUCCAUCAACUGUGGCCUGCUGGCUUUGGGCAACGUGAUCAGCGCCUUGGGGGACCAAAGCAAGAAGGUGGUACACGUGCCCUACCGGGACUCCAAGCUGACUCGGCUCCUCCAGGACUCACUGGGGGGCAACAGCCAGACCAUCAUGAUCGCCUGCGUGAGCCCCUCCGAUCGGGAUUUCAUGGAGACGCUCAACACCCUCAAAUACGCCAACCGGGCACGCAACAUCAAGAACAAGCUGGUGGUGAACCAGGACAAAACGAGCCAGCAGAUCAGUGCUCUGCGGGCUGAGAUUGCACGCCUGCAGAUGGAGCUGAUGGAGUACAAGGCGGGCAAGAGGGUGACUGGGGAGGAUGGCAGUGAGGGCUACAGUGACCUGUUCCGGGAGAACGCCAUGCUGCAGAAGGAGAACGGGGCCCUGCGCCUGCGAGUAAAGGCCAUGCAGGAGGCCAUCGAUGCCAUCAACAGUCGCGUCACCCAUCUCAUGAGCCAGGAGGCCAACCUGCUGCUGGCCAAGGCCGGUGACGGCAACGAGGCCAUCGGCACGCUGAUCCACAGCUACAUCCGGGAAAUAGAGGAGCUACGGACAAAGCUCCUGGAGAGUGAGGCCAUGAAUGAGUCCCUGCGUCGCAGCCUGUCCCGGGCCUCGGCGCGGGGCCCCUACUCCCUGGGGGCGUCUCCGAUGGCCUUCGGGGGCAGCCCAGCCAGCUCCAUGGAGGACGCCUCCGAGGUGAUCCGCAGGGCCAAGCAGGACCUGGAGAGGCUCAAGAAGAAGGAGGUCAGGCAGCGGAGGAAGAGCCCAGAGAAGGAGGCCUUCAAAAAGAGGGCAAAACUCCAACAGGAAAACAGUGAAGAGACUGAUGAGAAUGAUGACAACGAGGCGGAGGAGGAGGAGGAAGACCAAGACGAGAGUGGCUGUGAGGAAGAGGAGGGCCGUGAGGACGAGGAUGAGGACUCGGGCAGCGAGGAGAGCCUGGUGGGCUCGGACUCAGACCCCGAGGAGAAAGAGGUGAACUUCCAGGCCGACCUGGCUGACCUGACGUGUGAAAUCGAGAUCAAGCAGAAGCUGAUCGACGAGCUGGAGAACAGCCAGCGGCGGCUGCAGACGCUCAAGCACCAGUACGAGGAGAAGCUGAUUCUGCUGCAGAAUAAGAUCCGUGACACGCAGCUGGAGCGAGACCGCGUGCUACAGAACCUCAGCACCAUGGAGUGCUACACGGAGGAAAAGGCCAACAAGAUCAAGGCUGACUAUGAGAAGAGGCUGCGCGAGAUGCAUCGCGACCUGCAGAAGCUGCAGGCCGCGCAGAAGGAGCAUGCGCGGCUGCUCAAGAACCAGUCGCGCUACGAGAGGGAGCUGAAGAAGCUGCAGGCCGAGGUGGCCGAGAUGAAGAAGGCCAAGGUGGCCCUGAUGAAGCAGAUGCGUGAGGAGCAGCAACGGCGACGGCUGGUGGAGACCAAGAGGAACCGGGAGAUCGCACAGCUGAAGAAGGAGCAGCGGCGACAGGAGUUCCAGAUCCGAGCUCUGGAGUCCCAGAAACGGCAGCAGGAACUGGUCCUGAGGAGGAAGACCCAGGAGGUUUCUGCACUGAGGCGUCUGGCCAAGCCCAUGUCUGAACGGGUGGCAGGGCGUGUGGGAGUGAAGCCAUCCAUGCUGGACUCAGGGGCUGAGGUGUCGGCCAGCACCACAUCGUCAGAGGCAGAGUCGGGGGCCCGCUCAGUCUCUAGCAUCGUGCACCAAUGGAACCGCAAAAUCAACCAUUUCUUGGGGGACCACCCCACGUCCACUGUCCAUGGCACCCGCCCUGCCAGAAAGAAGUUCCAGAAGAAGGGGGCCAGCCAGAGCUUCAGUAAGGCCGCGCGGCUCAAGUGGCAGUCCCUGGAGAGGAGGGUCAUUGACAUCGUCAUGCAGAGAAUGACCAUUGUCAACCUCGAGGCCGACAUGGAGCGGCUCAUCAAGAAAAGGGAGGAGCUGUUCAUCCUGCAGGAGGCGCUGCGCAGGAAGCGGGAGCGGCUGCAGGCGGAGAGCCCGGAGGAGGAAAAGGGGCUGCAGGAGCUGGCGGAGGAGAUGGAGGUGCUGGCCGCCAACAUUGACUACAUCAACGACAGCAUCUCCGACUGCCAGGCCACCAUCGUGCAGCUGGAGGAGACCAAGGAGGAGCUGGACUCCACAGACACGUCAGUGGUCAUCAGCUCCUGCUCCCUGGCUGAAGCCCGCCUCCUGUUGGACAACUUCCUCAAGGCGUCCAUCGACAAGGGGCUGCAGGUGGCACAGAAAGAGGCACAGAUCCGGCUGCUGGAGGGACGGCUGAGGCAGACGGACAUAGCGGGCUCCUCCCAGAACCACGUGCUCCUGGACGCCCUGCGUGAAAAGGCCGAGGCAUGCCCCGAGCUGCAGGCCCUCAUCCACAACGUGCAGCAGGAGAACGGCUACGCCAGCACGGAUGAGGAGGUCUCAGAGUUCUCUGAGGGGAGCUUCUCCCAGUCAUUCGCCAUGAAAGGCUCCACCAGCCACGAUGAUUUCAAGUUCAAGGGGGAGCCCAAGCUGUCUGCCCAGAUGAAGGCUGUGUCGGCCGAGUGCCUGGGUCCCCCGCUGGACGUGUCCACCAAGAACAUCACCAAGUCCCUGGCCUCCUUGGUGGAGAUCAAAGAGGACGGGGUGGGCUUCUCCAUCCGAGACCCCUACUACCGGGACAAGGUCUCACGCACCAUCAGCCUGCCCACCAGAGGGAGCACUUUCCCCCGGCAGUCUCGAGGCACUGACACACCGCUGACCCGCAGGAAGUCGUACGACCGGGGACAGCCUGCUAGGUCCACAGACGUGGGAUUCACGCCCCCCUCGUCCCCUCCCACUCGGCCACGCAACGAUCGGAACGUCUUCUCCCGUCUCACCAGCAACCAGAGCCAAGGGUCAGCGCUGGACAAGUCUGACGACAGCGACUCCUCUUUGUCCGAGGUCCUGAGGGGCGUCAUCACGCCUGUCGGAGGAGCCAAGGGAGCACGGACGGCCCCUCUGCAGUGCGUCUCCAUGGCCGAGGGCCACACCAAGCCCAUCCUGUGCCUGGACGCCACAGACGAGCUGCUAUUCACAGGGUCCAAAGACCGAAGCUGUAAGAUGUGGAACUUGGUCACCGGGCAGGAGAUCGCGGCUCUCAAGGGCCACCCUAACAACGUGGUCUCCAUCAAGUACUGCAGCCACUCGGGCCUCGUGUUCUCCGUGUCCACCUCCUACAUCAAGGUGUGGGACAUCCGGGACUCAGCCAAGUGCAUUCGGACCCUCACUUCCUCGGGCCAGGUGAUUUCAGGAGACGCCUGUGUGGCCACAUCCACCCGCGCCAUCACCAGUGCUCAGGGGGAACACCAAAUCAACCAGAUCGCCCUCAGCCCCUCGGGCAGCAUGCUGUACGCCGCCUCAGGCAAUGCCGUCCGCAUCUGGGAGCUUAGCAGGUUCCAGCCUAUUGGCAAGCUCACCGGACACAUUGGCCCCGUGAUGUGCCUGACGGUCACCCAGACCGCCAGCCAGCACGACCUGGUGGUGACCGGCUCCAAGGACCAUUACGUCAAGAUGUUUGAGCUGGGGGAGUGUGUGGCCGGCACCAUCAGCCCCACCCACAACUUCGAGCCCCCGCACUACGAUGGCAUUGAGUGUCUGGCCAUCCACGGGGACGUCCUGUUCAGCGGCUCCCGUGACAACGGGAUCAAGAAGUGGGACCUGGAGCAGCAGGAGCUCAUCCAGCAAAUCCCCAACGCACAUAAGGACUGGGUGUGCGCCCUGGCCUUCGUCCCCGGCCGCCCCAUGCUGCUGAGUGCCUGUCGGGCCGGCGUCAUCAAGGUCUGGAACGUGGACAACUUCACGCCCAUCGGCGAGAUCAAGGGCCACGACAGCCCCAUUAACGCCGUCUGCACCAACGCCAAGCACAUCUUCACCGCCUCCAGUGACCUGACAGUGAAGUUCUGGAGUGCUCGGCGGUUCCCCCGCAGCCCACCCUAGGAGUGAGGUCGGGACGGCCCAGACCCUCGGCCCCCGGCGGCCGGGACAGCACGGAAGGGAUGCUGUGGCCCAACAGGCCAGCUGUCCUGGGGACAGAGGGUGUGGGUGGUGGGUGUGGCCCCUCUCCUGCUUUCCCUCCACUCCCUUGACUUUCUGACAGGACACUGUCCCCCAGUCCCUCUUGGGGAGAAAGGCAGGGGAGGGAUUUAAGCUGUGACACUGAAGGGUGUGCCCGUAGUUUCUCUCCUCUGGCGCCUUGGUCUCCGCCCGACUGGGCAGAUCCAUCCUGCUGAGCCAGCCAUGCCGUUCCUGGAGCCCUUGACCCGGGGCUGGGCCCUGUAGGGGAGCAGAGGCAGCCCAGCCUGCACACCCCGAGCCCAGCCUCUGGACCUCUGCGCCUGCUUCUGAGCCCAAAGGUAACCUCAGGUAACCAUGGAAACCAGGGGCAGGCAGCUGGGCCCUGCAGCAGCUGACCUAUAGCCCUUUGGCCCCCAACAGCCGUUCCCAGUUGCCCCAGCCAUUCCUGGGGUCCCUUUCUGAUGGGGGCCAAGGUGAAGCUGCUAGAAAGACCCCUUUGGGGGUACGGUCAGACAUACUUCAGUUAUUUAAUUUACUUUUAUUUUUUGCUGUUGCCUCCUGGAAACUGACUUGAAGUUUCUUUCACACGUUCUGUCCCUCAGCUCUUGGGGACCAGGACUCUCACAAGAAACCCGCCCCACAGGCCUCGGGCCCACCCCCUCUGCUUGCUUGACAGAGGAGGAAAUGCCCAUGGGACCCCACAUCACCCCAGAAACCAUCCUAGUGCACCCCGACCUCGGCCGCCUGGCGCCUCAGUGCCUUCCUCUGCCCGUCCCGGGGCCUGGCGUGCGUGCUGGGCAGCCCGGGGCGCCACCACCUGUGUCUUCUCACUCAUGGGGUCUCUCACCUGCUGCCCCCCGAAGGCAGGGUACUCCACCCCCAGCCUAGGGCCGGGGUCCCCUCCCCAGACUCCCGCAUGGGCCAUGUGGGAAGCAGCUCAGAGGACUGUCCGCGAGGAAGCGGCCUGGUGAGGAUACCAUGUCCUCACCUGCACAGGGCAGGGCGUCCCCUGCAGCAGUUUCUCUCUCACCCAGAAGACGUUUUCAAGCCUUAAUACAGAUGGGCAGAUGGGCAGGCAGGGCCUCCCUUUCAGGAGCAGAGUGGGGAAGAGGGAACUCCCUGAGCUCCCCUUGCCCCGGGCUGCUGUCUGGAGCCCCUCCUGGGACAGCUCUGAAGCCCCAGGACCGGCCUCAGGGGGGGCCCUGCUCCGACCCUCCACCCAGCCUGUCCACUGUUCGUCCAACACUUAACUGGUCCUGUGCUUCCCGGCCUCGGUGCAGGGCCAGGAGCCCAGAGGACGUGGGGACUUUGGACCUUCCGCACUGGGCUCUGUGUGUGUCCGGGUGCCCCCCGCCGCCCCCCAUUUGCCGGUGCUGGAGCCCGCUCUGCGUGGGACGUAUCUGGAGCACAGGGCAGAGGGCACCGUAUAGCUGUGAAACGGAAAAGCACCUGCUGAGGCCUGAGCCCAGCCUGUCCCCACCUGUCCCCCUCCUGCUCAGGCUGAGACAGCCGUCCUGGUGGGAGUGGCCCCACUGGACAGGACGGUGAAGUCUGGGUGAGCAGAUGUGUAGGAAGGAUGCACCCUCGAGUGCCCCUGGGACAGCCCGUCUUCCAGACUGGACACCCCUCUUCCUCUGGCCAUCCAGGGGCACCGGACAGCUCCCUCAAGCCCCUUGCCCUCCUCGUCCCUCUCCCCACCGGAACAGAGAGCUCCAACCUGUAGGAAAGUGUUGUCUGCAUGGCUGCUGGCACUGUAGGAGCACCACGACUGCAUCGCCCAUGAGCCACUGGACUGUAGCUGCCUGGCCUUUGUUGCAACGGGAUGUGACCUCCCGGCCGGCGAGAGGUGCUUGGCGUCAUUGCCCGUUCCCUGCUGUUUCUGAUGGGUCAGCUACCUCACGGCCGGCGGCUCUGCUGUCCUAGCAAGUACCGUUGACUCUAAACUUGAAGUCCCUCGGGAACCCUGAGCGUUGGCCUCUCUGCCCACUCCUUCAGGGACGUCCAAGGUACACAAUUGGGGGCAGGCCCCCAGCGCCCCUUGUUGCACAAGCAUCCUAAAGGUUGGAAGCACAAAAUGGUUGUCACUUGAGCACAACGGCAGGGCUCGUGGCCGGCAGCCUGGGCACUCGGGACUCUGUCCAAGGUCAGGCUGAGGAGGCCCCAUCUGGGGGGUUUCAUCAGACUUCCUUUUCUGUGCCCCUCCGAAGACCUGAGGCUGAGCCACAGCAGGCCUGGCCACCUGGGGACGCUGUGGGCCCAGGAGUAGCCCCACACCUCAGAUCCUUCAAUGCCGGAGCCCAGGCCGCCUCCCUAACAAGCCUGAGCCCUGUGAGUGCUUCUGAAGCUGCUGGGCAGGUAGACGUGUCUCCACCCUGCUGCCCGGGCCCCCCUGCACUGCCCUGAGCUGGCCCUGCUCUCAGCACUCGCCAUUCAGUAUUUGCUUUCAUCUGUGGGACUGACCCAUCCUACUCAGCCAGAAUCCCCAAGGCCGCAUUGCAGUUGCCUUUGGAGGUUGCCCAGGAGGGAGAAAGGCUGGUCCCCCAAGCCUUGGAGGUGGCCAGGGUCCUGCCCUCAGCCCCUUGGGCAGGGACCCCUGUGGACUUGGGCACCCUAAACGCAGCUGCAACCCAGAAAAUCUUCCUCCCUCGGUCACCUGGUCCCGCGCCCCCCUGGGCCCAUGUGGCUUGGGCAGAGGGCAGUUGAAAGCACAAACCUGCUGUAGGGAAGACGUGGCUGGGACUUUCUCAUGCCAGCCAGGGUGAUGGGGACACAGGCAGCGGCUGUGAGAGUCAGAGAUGCCCGGCCCUCCUCCUUUGGAGUCGCUCUGGGCCCCCUGUCAUGUAGUCUGGGGCUUGCUCAGCCCCUGCUGUGUGUUCACCUUCGUGCUUGUGUGUGGCCAGGGCCUGCCCUGCCAGAGGGCUGGACCCCUUCCCUCCGGGUGGCCCAAACCUCCCCUUUGCCAUCGCUCAUGGUCCAGGCUCAGCAACCAGGGCCUGGCGGGUGCCACCCACAGGCCUGCUGUCCUGGAUCCCAGAUCCUUCGCUGCCCCCCAUGUGCAAGGAAAGUUCUGUUUCUUCUUGGCACUGGCUCUCUCCCCCACCCAUCCUCCCCAGCACUCAGAUGAGCCCCUACCCGCUCCCCCAGGCCAGGUCAGUCCUUGGAGCCGUGUCCUGAGGGCCCUGCAUGGGGUGGGAAGAGCCAAGGGUCAGAGAAGACCCCCUGAAAUGAACUGGGGCCCAGCCCUGCCCACCAGCUCUUUUCUAGCCCCUGCUCGGGCCCCAGCAUGUCACGGGCUCGUAGUCCCCUCGCCGUGUGGCCAGCACAAGGUGUACAUAUGUUUUGUACCUCUGCCCGUGUCUGUACAUAGUGUAUGAAAGUUAUUUAAGCCUCAUGCUGUACAUUUCUGUUCCUAGGCUGGAUGUGUGUGUUCUGAGAAGUUGUCAUAAAUAAAACUUGAAUGAUCA